GUUUGGCCACAGCAGUUCCUGGUGUUUGAAAUGUUCAUCCUUCCACAUAAUCUUUGCAUUUUAGAAAUGGACUCUCCCUUUAACAAUCGCAGUGAUAUGGACUCUUCUGAUCAGACAUUUGCCUAAUAAGUUUUAAAUGCACAAAGAGGUGCAGUGAAGAGAAGUGUCACCAUGCCAUGGAACUGCACCCCUGGAGGUUGUGGAAAGGCUUCAGGGAGGAUAAGAAAGCUGUUCCAGGAUAAUGUUUCAGAGUUGAAAAUGCUGCUAUGGUUUUCUGGACCUCUGAUCAUCACCAAUUUUUUGGACUAUGCACCAAUGAUUGUAACUGCUGUGUUCUGUGGACACCUUGGAAAGAUGGAACUAGAUGCAAUAAUGCUUGCCAAUGCUUUUGCAGCUGUCACUGGGAUGUCUGUAGGAAUGGGCUUGUGUGGUGCAUGUGAUACUCUUCUCUCACAGUUAUAUGGAGGGAAAAACCUAAAACUGAUUGGAAUUGUUCUACAGCGUGCCAUCGUCAUUCUGUCUCUAUCUUGCUUUCCCUGUUGGGCAUUAUAUAUCAACACUAAAAACAUUUUUGUGUUGCUCGGACAAAAUCCAGAAGUGGCAAGGUUGGCUGAAUUAUGUAUGUUGGUGAAUAUUCCAGCUCUACCUGCAUUUUGCUUUUUCCAACUUGGACUUCGAUACUUACAAAAUCAGGGAAUUAUUUGGCCGCAGAACUUAAUUAGUUUUAUUGCACUUAUUAUUAACGCAAUCUUUAAUUACAUUCUGCUGUUUGUACUAAAAACCGGGGUAAUAGGGGCUUCUGUGGCAAUAACAGUUGGCUCACUUUUUGAAUGUACAGUUUUGUAUCUCUAUAUCUGGCUCAAAAAGAUUCAUGUAGAGACAUGGCCAGGCUGGACUACUGAAUGUCUAAAGGAAUGGAGAGUUUUCUUGGCACUUGGAAUACCCAAUAUGCUGAUGACAGGCAUAGAAUCUUGGGCAUAUGAGAUAGCAAUCAUAUUAACAGGUCUCAUUAGCUUGGCGGAGCUGGGAGCCCAGACAAUCUUGUAUCAGAUGAUUAUCCUAAUCCACAAGAUUCCGUUUGCCCUCAGCAUGGCUGUUAGCAUUAGAGUUGGUACUUUUCUAGGUGCCGGGGAGACAGAGCAAGCCAAGAAAUCUGCAAAACUGAGCUUUGUUUUAACAGCAAUACCUACAUUAGUCAGUCUCUGCAUACUGACUGGGCUAAGGAAACCUAUUGCAAGCAUUUUCACUAAUGAUAAGGGAAUACUGUCACUGGUUAUUGAUGUAAUACCAGUUUGUGCCCUGUUUCAUGUUUUGGAUUCGCCAGCAACUGUUUUUAUUGGACUUGCCAGAGGAAUUGGAAAGCCAGAGGUUGGAGCUGCCAUUUUUGCAUUAACUUACUGCUUAAUAACAUUUCCCAUUGCAGUACCUCUAAUGUUUACUGCAAAACUUGGAAUGAAAGGAUUCUGGAUUGGGAUAAUUGCUGGAUUUGUUGUAAUAAAUAUUUAUUUUAUUAUCUAUUUCUGGAGAGCAAACUGGCAACAUAUAGCUGAAAAGGCACAGGAACUUGUAGGCUUGAAGUCUGCCAUGAAAACAGAAGGUGCCAUAUUUGAUGAAGAGAUGAUCAACACCCCAGAUAAUUUGGAAUUAAAGAAUUAUGCUGCUUUGGACUCAGUAAGCAGUGAGAGUGAACAACAUGAAGAAGCGCAGUCUGAGUACCCAACAGAACAAGACAAGCGCUCGCAGAAGAAGCUCAUUAUUCGAAGGGCACUUGAAUCACUUGCUGUCGUGUCUCUUUUAUUUAUUGGACUUAUUAUCCGUCUAACUGUACAUUCCCAGCAAUAACUCUUGAAAAAUGGCUUCACACAACGAAAUGUUCAAUUUGGGCUGCAACAUUCUGCCAUUUAAUCCUAUGAUGUGCAUACUGGAUAGUGUUAAACUGUUGUAUUUAUGUUAUUUGUUGCACAGUAAAUGGUUUGUUAUAGGGUCCUAUAAUAAAACUAGACAGUUUUUUCUUCAA